AUGUUGAUCCUUCUCGCUUAUAUGAAAGUUCUUCUUCUAUUUCUAUACUUUUUACCUAACAAUGUGGGAGGUUGUCUUGUGGUGAAACCAAAAAAUCCGGAUUUGCAAAAUUGCAAGUGCUCAAUAGACUUGUUCAAUCAGGAUGAUAUCAGGAACAACAACGGAGGAAGUUAUCUUGCGAAUCAGAAAGCAUGGAAUCCAAUAGUCACAGCUACGGACAGUUGUGGGUUAUCGAUUACCUGUGAUCCGAUUGCCGGAGUUUCUUCGUUUAUGACAGUGAUGUUUAGAAGUAAUGGGAAUCCGUUAUAUAUGACCGGCGACAGAGGCGACAGAACUGUUCGAUGUGUAGACCAUCCUCUGGACUCUAAAGUUAAGAUAUGGAUUGCCAGAGGAACUCGUGUUAUCAAUCCAGCUGUGGCAUGUGUAAAAUUGGAAAUUCAAAAAGAUGACGUCCCGAUGAAUGGAUGUCAAUGUCCACCAAUAAAGCAUAUCGAUGCUCUUGGAAUCAUUCAAAUGGAUUCACAUACAUCGUGGCUCGCGAGGAAACUGAUUAUUCGAGCAUCAAUAGCAGUUGAUUCGAAUUGCGAAGUCUCGUUUAAUGCUGCUCUUCUCGGACCGACAGAUUUCCAGUUGAUGUUGCUCAGAGAUGAAGCUCCGCCCAUCUUUUUACCCAUAUUUGUUCCUCAGAUGCGCCGUUACUUGAAAGACGACAUCAAACCUGCAAAAGUGGUUCUUGACGAUUUGACUUGUCGCAAAGUCGGAAACGCGUAUAAAUGGGAUUACGGUAGCUCGAAAAUCACUGAUAAAACGCUCUACAUGAUAGGGGUGAUAGGCAUUCUAUUAGUGAUUACGUUCCCAAAAGGCAAAAUCGCAGUCAAAUGCACCACAAAUACAAGAAAAUGGACAGUAGACAAAGCUGUGGAUGUACCAACCAUCGAUGUGAUCUACGCAGUUUGUGUAGAUUUCAGAUAA